GUCAUGACGCGUGCUGGGAACUUGUUGAAGCCAUGAACUUUAAAACGAGCAAGCUAGCUAAAACUGAUGUUAGCAGACAAAGUAUGGCAAUGACUGGCCAGAGCUCGUGUGCCUCUAUGAGUAACCACACCAAGGAACGGGUCACCAUGGCUAAAGUGACCUUGGAGAAUUUCUACAGUAAUCUCAUUGCUCAGCAUGAGGAGCGAGAGAUGAGACAGCAAAAGUUGGAGAAGGUGAUGGAUCAGGAGGGCCUGGCAGAUGAAGAGAAAUGCAUGCGCCGUUCUGAGCAUGCACGGAAGGAAACAGAGUUUCUGCGUUUAAAACGCACACGGCUGGGACUGGAGGACUUUGAGUCCUUGAAGGUGAUUGGCAGAGGAGCGUUUGGAGAGGUUCGUCUGGUGCAGAAAAAAGACACUGGCCAUGUCUAUGCCAUGAAAAUACUCCGUAAAGCUGACAUGUUGGAGAAAGAACAGGUGGGUCAUAUCCGUGCCGAGCGGGACAUCCUGGUGGAAGCAGACAGCUUGUGGGUGGUCAAAAUGUUCUACAGCUUCCAGGAUAAGAUGAACCUCUACCUCAUCAUGGAAUUUCUCCCCGGAGGAGACAUGAUGACCCUAUUGAUGAAGAUGGACACUCUGUCAGAAGAAGCCUCUCAGUUCUACAUUGCAGAAACGGUGCUGGCCAUCGACUCCAUCCACCAGCUGGGUUUCAUCCACAGAGAUAUCAAACCUGACAACCUGCUGCUCGACGCCAGAGGUCACGUGAAGCUCUCGGACUUUGGCCUGUGCACAGGAUUGAAGAAGGCUCACCGCACAGACUUCUACAAAAAUCUGAACCACAGCCUGCCCAGUGACCUCAGUAAGCAAACCUUUCAGAACAUGAACUCUAAGAGGAAAGCAGAGACCUGGAAGAGGAACAGGAGGCAGCUGGCUUUUUCCACAGUGGGAACCCCAGAUUACAUCGCUCCAGAGGUCUUCAUGCAGAAUGGAUACAACAAGCUGUGUGACUGGUGGAGCCUUGGUGUCAUUAUGUAUGAGAUGCUGAUAGGUUACCCUCCGUUCUGCUCGGAGACACCUCAGGAGACCUACAGAAAAGUGAUGAACUGGAGAGAGACUCUCACCUUUCCUCCAGAAGUACCAAUAUCAGAGAAGGCUAAAGACCUCAUUCUCAGGAUCUGUUGUGAGGAGGAGCACAGAAUUGGUGCUGCAAGUGUGGAGGAGAUAAAAUCCAACCCUUUCUUUGAGGGGGUGGACUACGACCAUAUCAGAGAAAGGCCUGCUGCCAUUCCAAUAAAUAUCAAAAGCAUCGAUGACACAUCCAACUUUGAUGAAUUCCCUGACUCGGAUAUCCUCACUCCAACAACCACCCAAGUGCCCAAUCACACUGAGGCUGAUCUGAAGAACAAGGACUGGGUCUUCAUAAACUACACUUACAAACGCUUUGAGGGUUUGACAGCUCGAGGAGCCAUCCCAUCCUACAUGAAAUCAGGGAAAAGAUGAGCACCUUCUUACUGGCUCUUACCGAACCCUGAAUGAGUCGUCCGAGCUGCUGCUGCUGUGUAAAAACAGACCUCUGCUCAUUUAUGAGAGCAGCACCAAGCAGAUAAAUACCACAGCUCAUCCUCAUUCGUUGCUUUCCAUAGGAACUUUCAUCGAAACUUGCUGCCUUCACUUUGUUUAAAGCUUCUGUUGGUACCUCUCCACUUUUUGUCAACGCAGACGGAACUGGGAAUAGCAAGAUUUCUUACUUAUGCACCAAUGGAUGGUAUUGUUUGUCUCCAGAUAACCAGCAUCAUUUACAUUCCCUCUCUGUACCAGCAUCAUCCUGUUGGAUCUACCAAGGGCUCUUCCAAACCAGAACAUUCUGUCCUUGAAUUGUUCUGGGGACUUUUAUCAACUCAAUCAUGGCAUUACGUUGUCACUUUGAAGUGAAUCGGGUGCUCUUCAGAGAUUCUAUCUACAUUACUUUUUCUUUUUUUUUGAACAUCACCUAACCAAAGACUAAAUGACGUUUCUGCUUGAUCUUCCUCUUGGAAUGUUUUCUAACUCCAAGUAUAUAUUUUUCUAGAAUCCAGAUUUGCACGAUUUGCUCUUUAACAAAUGCAAAAGUAGGUGGAUUAUGCAUUUUGUGGAACAAACAAAAGUCUUGUUACAUUUUUGUGAUAAAGCAUGUAACCUUUAGCACCUUAGAUGAUGUGGAUGAGACUCAUGCACAGUUGGGCCUCCAUCUUGUUAGAUUCUGUUUUGGGUAGAGAUUUGUUUGUGGUGCUCCAGGAUGCAGUUUUAUAAAUAUUAUUUUUUAACAAUUGGGGGGAUUUCAUUAUUUGUUUUAAUCAGGCAGCAGCUGAAAUCCUCAGGAAGUUAAUAGCACUGCUAUAAAAAUGAGAAAGGCUUUAACUUGGAGUUCUUCUUAUUUCAUAGUUUAGCAAGUUUGUCAAAUGAAACAAAGAAUAUUUGAAAGAACUUCCAGGAAUACUUAUUUACUCUAAGAAAUUUGCAAUUUUUUUCUGCUCAAAGAAACUAAUCCCAGACCAACUUACACACAACUGAAUUUAUUUCAGAAACUAAACAGCUUGGACAGAAGACCAGAAACCUGCACUUAUAGGAAACAAUUUGGCCCGCUUCCAUCUGAGGAAGGUGGUACAUAGUAGUUCUAUCAGCAUGUAUAAAAUAUUCCUAACAUGCGUAACGUUCAGAUGCAGAUCUCUGAACUCUCUGUGCCAUGACUCGCACAAUUAAUCGGAGGGAAUAAUUUCAAUUAAAAGGGUUCAUUUGAUUGGUUGAUGAAUGCUUGAUAGGAGCUAGGUUUGUCACGAUACUAAAAUUUCACACUGGUUACAGAUUCCAAGGGUGUAUUCACACCUGCCACUUUUGGUCUGCUUUAAACAGACCAGAGUUCGUUUCCCUCUUGGUUCACUCAAGCGAUCCCUGGUCCGGACCAAACAACCGGACCGAGAUCCACUUUUUGAGGCAGUCCUUGUCUGAUUUCUUACGAACUCUACAGUGGUUUGCUUCUGUUGUAAAUACAAACCAGUAGUUUCUGACCCAACUACAGAAAACAUCAGCCUUUUGGACUUAACAAGCCACUGUAGCUCUGAACGCUAGACUGAAAUCUUACCUGAACCGUACUUUGUUGCUUAGCAACGCUUGGCUUGCAGCACGCAUUCUCCAACUGGGUUCCAAAAUUAUAAAUAGAAUGUUGCACAACCUGUGUUGAAUGAGCUGCUCCUGACCCUCACAAUGACAUUAUAACUGUAACAAUGAAACAAACAUGUAGAACGGAGGUGCUGCAUGCAGGACUUCCGCAGUUAAAUCCUUCCAUUUUCCGGUCGGUGCUCUGUCCCGCCCCCGUCAUUUCUGUCCAAUGGGAGCAGUUGAUCAUCACCUGUUGUUUAAAAUUAAUAGUUUACUUGCAAAAAGUACAAUGUGAAAGCAAACCGCACCUAAAGAAAAAAAACGGUCCGCUUUCGGUCCGGACCAAAGUACUUACCUGGUGUUAAUACAUCCUAAGAAAAAUACUUCACACCAUUUUUAAUACAGUGGCUCCUUUUAUUGAAGGCACAAAAUUCUUUCUAGUUAAGAGCAAAAAAUAUAGUUAGUUACCAUAUGACAAUGGUUUAACUUCCUUCAUUGGGAAAAAACCAAUACGUUGGGAACAAUCCAGGCCUUAUUUAGAAAAAUAUAUAAUUUAAAAGUGUCACUUCCCUGUUUGGCAAAACCAUAGAAUAGAUAACACUUAGUUUUAAUGUUAAUAACCAUUAAAUAUGUACCUUUGAUUCAGUUGUGCAAUUAUGUUAAUAAUUGCUUAUCUACAGUGUGCCACUGUGUGCUUCCAUUUGCCUGUUAAUUUGCUGUUGAUACAGAUAAAUUUUACUACUGAGGCCAAAUAAAGGAUCAAUCUGUACUGAAAUAAAUAGUUUCAAAACAAACAUGGAUCUGUGCAUACAAAGCAUAGUUUUAUAGUACAAACAAGAAUCUGGUCCAUAUUAGUGAUCAACUACAGCAGCUGGGUGGGUUGCCAUGGGUUUCUUCUUUCUGCUUUGUGAGCUUCAGUCUGGCUCAACUACCUGUUAUUAGCCACAUUAAACUCCUGCUAAUGCCUUUACAACUUAUUGGGGGGGGGGUCAUUGCUUCACUAUUUAGUAGCUAACUGAGCCGUCAGCUGAUUAACAUUGUCCUGCGUUAAUUUGUACUACAGUAGAAUGGAGCUUUUCGUGCUUUUAACUCUGCUCCUUGGAAGUGCAUCUUGACUGGCGAGCUCCAACUGACAGAUCAUCAGUAUUUAGCCUUCUGUGUUCAUUUAGCUACAUUUUAAACAAAUAGCAUUAGUUUAUUUCGUCAGGAAGGUUUUUUACUCAAUUUGGGGAAAUGAGAAAAUCAGUUUUUUUUGAAAACCCUAAUUGGAGCUAAACAAAUGUCUGUAAAGAGAAAAAAAAUUAUUUGUUUGGAAAUAUGUUUUGGCCCAAAAUAUAAAUUGCAGUUCUUUUCCUUUUAUUAAAAAAAAGGGUAAAACGUUAAUUGUACAAGUUAACACAUGUAAAGUUAGGGUCAGAAUUCAACCCUUAUUCAUACAUUGGCAUAUUCUGAUUUAAAGUAAUUUUUACAUUUUACCAACAUAUUUCUGACUGUGGCUAAUAUUAGUGACCCAACUCCCAUUUCCAAAUUGAUGCUCCUGUGAUAGGAGGCGUUUAAUUUUCAAUCAGAAGGAAAUUUCUUGGUUUUAAUAAAACAAGACAUUAAAUCUACCAGGAGUAUUAAUUAUUUUGAGCAUAAUUGCAUAAGUGAAAAUUGAAACAAAAGUUUUGCUCCCACAUGAAUAUAGUUUAUAGCUGAAGAAAGUUUCAGAUUUUUCCCUCCAUUCCUGUCCCUUUGUGUUGCUGUAGCCCUUUACAGUAGGCUUCUCCUGCUCACAGCAUUCAUGGAGUAACCCUGUCCUCACUUUGGCUUCAUUGAUGAAACAUUUGCUGAGGUCUGAUUGUGUUAAACUGUCAGGGAGAAUUUUCUACUAUCAUGUCAUUUGGCUCUCUGAGAAUAUGCAUGUGUACUGGUUUGGUUCAAAAAUAUCCUCCUGAUAGUUAACUGCAGCAACUACCAUCCAGUGUGGAUGGAUCUUUAGUAGCACAGGGCUGAAAACCUUCCAGUAAACACGAUAUCCAAAAUGCUGUCCUUUUUACAAAUGAAUGUAAAUGAACUUUUUACAGUUUGAUUUUUUUUACCCACAAGAGUUUAAAUAUGUUGUAAAUGAAGCCUGGACCAUGUAGGUUUCAUUUUAUUUGUAGUUUGACACUUUAAGGUAUGAUGUAAAUAACUCUGGAAGCCCAUUUCUGCCAGGUGGCACCAGCAGGCAGACAAAUUCUGAGAAGUCCAAUGUUUAGAUUUUGUCUGCCUAUAAAUUGAUAAAGAAAAAUGUUGAGAAGGUGACAAUCUGACAUCCCCAGUUAUGUAAAGACAGAAAUGUGGAUCUUUUAGUCAGAUUUAGGUUUUCAAUCUUUCUCCUGUUCAGCAGGAAUGGUCUUCCGUAUCAGCUAUGGGUAGAGUGUAGAUGGGAAGCAGCAUAUUAUACUAUGUUUUAGAGAAGCAUGUGGUGGAGCUUUUUAUUUAAUUAUAUAUUUCUUUUUUUAACUGUUUGUGCUGUUGAUGAGCUCACUCUUUUCAGGCUUUAACCAAACAGCAACAUGUACGCUGCAAGCAAUACAACACAUGGAGUGUGUUCUGAAAAUCUGUGCGUGACAUUUUAUUCUCCGAGACGAGAUGACGUUCUGUGGGAUGUGGAUCUUUGAGUUUUUUUUGGCUAAAGUUGCCCAUGUGUGCAUGUAACAUAUGUCUGAGCAGAACGGAUGGAUUUGGGAAGCUGAGUGUAAAAUAUUUAAACUACUUGGUGUGUAUUGUGUGACUGGUGUAUUGUUUUCUGCUAUUUGACAAUGAAUUACUCUGCACUUAG